CUAUAAAGUGAAGCCCCAACGCCUCCAAGAUCAAUCCAAAAAAUGGCAGAAUCUCCGCUUCACUUCUUCACCAUCUCCAAUUUCAAAAUCCCCCAAGACCUCGUAUAAAUUAUCCCUCCUUCAUCGUCCCCACAAAAAUUUCUCACAUUUCCUCAAUAUGAAAGCCUCUUUAAAAUUUCGCGAAGAGCAGAAGCCCCUUCUCCGAGCUAAAGUCCCUCUCUCAAUCUUGGGAUUGCCGUUUCAAUCAGGCAUCAUUGCCGGCGAGUCCAAGGAGCUCACUCUCAAUCUCUCUACCUUCUUCGAAUCUGGACCGUCUGUCAAGAUCGCUUACCGUCCUAACGACACGUCCAACCCCUUCUCGUUGGUGUUUAAAACCGGAACCGGACCGUUUGGUUCGCCGAUCUCAAGCUCUAUGUUGAUGAGCGCCGAGUUCAAUUUGCUCGGCCGUGGAAACUCUAGCUUCAUGAUUCACUUCAAGCCUCAGUUCGGUGAUUUUUCGACUAAGAAAUCUCAGUCUUCUGUGUUCAAGCCUCAGAAUUGGGCCGUUUUGGAGGAAGACGAUUCUUCCAUUGAGGUUGUGGAGUCUCCGAUGUUGAAGAAGCUGACACUCUCGCCGUCGAAAUCCGCAGCGAAUUUCUGGGAUAUUUUAUCCGGUGUCGAGAUGGCGGUAAGAACUACUUUACCAGUGAAAUCACGCGCAAUCAUAAGCUUCCGGUGGGGAGUUAGGAUUCCUGAGGACGCGAGUGCCAGACGAACGUCUGGGAUCAAUUUUAAGAGGAUUCCUUUUCUAGUCAUGAACAAGAUCGCAAUCGAACAUGCAGACAGCGCAAAUUUGAAAGAAAAAACCAAAGAUGACAAAAAACAACUGUUAAUGAGCCAGGAAAUCGGCUUAACGGGUAACGCUAAUACGAGCGAGCUGUGUUUCAACAUUAAAAGACAGCUGGAGAUUUUGCAAGCCGAAAAUGGCUUGUUGAAGAAAGCUGUCGACGAUCUCCGACAAGAAAUUAUAAUCAAUAACCCAAAUCCAACCCAGAUUUGAAUUCGGGUUGCCGUAGCAAGGAGAAGAUAUGGGCAGCGAUGGAGGGAGAUGUGAAGGAGGAGUUGAAGGCUCAAGUUUGAUGUUUUAUGACCCUCUUUUAGGGUUGUAAGGAUGUUGAGCUCCUAUAAGUGCCUGUUUGAUACUUUGCAUUUGUUUAGAGGAUUACAUUUGGAAUAAUGGUGGUAAUUUAUCUAGAAAUUAUACUUCAGACACUAUUGAGUAAGUUGAGCAAAUAACCUAUUUGAAAUCAAAAUUGUUUGAUAUUCGAGUUUCAAUUCUAGUUUUCCCUGGAACCGACAAACCUCUGGUAGGAUUCAGUUUUCGCCGAAGCCUCCCCCAACACAGUCCCAAAAGUCUCACAUCUUGAAAUCAGUUGCUUCACUUACU